AUGAAGUCUGUACUUCUCCAGCUACUGGUGUUGAUUUGCCCAGCACCACACCUAGUGCCUGCAAACCCCGCACAACAUUUCCUGAGACAUAUACUGGAACCUCCACCAUGCAGAUCAGCACCUGAAGACUGUUCUCAAUUCUGCACAUUGCAGAAAGAUUGCCCAAAAGGACUUCAAUGUUGCUCCUCCUUCUGUGGGAUAAUCUGUUCAUUAAACCAAAAUUAA